AGUUAACGGAUCAUCAGUGCGAUCUUAACUAACAGGUUGAUUUUUCGACAACCUAUGGUUUUAUAGUAGUUUUACCUUCAUAGUUCCAAAAUGGAACGUAAAUUAUUAUUAGGUGUAGUAUUUUUUGUGCUGUGUAGUAUCGCUUAUAGUCAAGACAUUAGUGAGGACGAUGUAGAAGCAGUACCGGGAAUUAGUAUAGAUUUAAAUUCUUCAGUUGGCGACCCCAUUCCAGCAGAACAGCCUGGUAGUGCAGCGCUUGGAAAUGAUACUUCUCAAAAUGGCACAUAUGAUGAUCACCCCGUAGAUUCUCCCGAUCCUAAUCCCGAAAGUAGCGACACUAAUAGUGAACCUAAUCCUAACGAAUCUGAAUCAUCGAAGCCGUCUUCCGACGUAGAGGCGGUUCCGGGUGAAGAUGUAUCCCCCAUUGACGAAACUAGUUUAAAAACUGGACAGAAAAUAUUGCGAUCUGGGAAAUAUGUCACUUAUUACGAUGCUGAUUAUGAUCCCAUGACAUCAAGAGUAGCCCCUCCUGACACAGAUCAAAGAGGAGGUUCCGGUGUUCCAUACACGAUCACCGAAACCCGAUUAAACACCAUUAGAAGACUAUUUAUGUACCCUUACUAUGAUCAAGGCGGUAAUGCUGACAACGAAGGAGAUUACCAAAAGGAAAUACAAUCUUCGUCACCACAAGUUCACAAAAAUCUUAAUUUCCAAUUGCCCUUCUUCGGAUUCCGUUUUAACUAUACCAGGUUGUCACUUAAUGGGUUUUUAGAAUUUAGCGAUCCACCACCGAACUUGGAUUAUCCAUUAGUAUUUCCAGUAAGAGAUUGGCCUAAGAGAAAUGAUCCUUCGUUUAUUGGAAUCUUUUACAGCAAAUGUCGAAUUGGUAACUUAAGAGAUGAUGACGAAGACCGGAGGGCACCUGGAGUGUAUUUCAGAAUGGAAAGAGAUUUAAUAGGCAGGACUGAUCAGAUGGGUGUAGAAAUUCGAGAAAGGCUUAAAUGGGAUAUCAGGGAAGGAGUUAUUGGAUCAGAGGCCUUUGAACCUAAACACGCUAUAAUUGCCACUUGGAAGAACAUAUCUUUUAAUGGUGGUUUUGCUAAUGCUCUCUGGCAGACAAAUACUUUCCAAAUGGUUCUCGCUACUGAUGAAGUCUAUACUUACGCCAUGUUUAACUACCUCAACCUUGCCUGGACCAGUCAUACAGAAGCCGGAGGUGAUACGAGAAGAGGCGAAGGAGGUGUGCCAGCUUUUGUCGGAUUUAAUGCAGGCAACGGUACAAGAAGCUGGGAAUAUAGUCCGUACAGUCAAGCUUCCGUUAUCAGGGAUCUUACAGCCAGAGGAUAUGCCAACGGAUUUCCGGGAAGACACUUGUUCCGUAUUGAUGAAAAUAUUCUUGUUGGAACAUGCAACAAGGAUAUAGAUGGUGCAAAUUUACCACUAAUGUUCGCCCCCGAAUCUGGAAACAUGUUGGGAGGCACCGUAGUAAACAUAACUGGGCCGUGUUUUAAUCCUACCGAUCAAGUUAUUUGUAAAUUUGAUGUUGCCGAUGUGGUUUACGGUACGGUUGUGAGUAGGAAUCGAGCAAUUUGUAUACAGCCGCCACUUAUGGUAGAAGGAUACGUUAGAUUUGAGAUUGCAAUCGGACCUGGAGUUUAUAAAUGGAAAGGAAGAUAUUAUGUUGAAACUCCAGCAAGCGCCGCUCAAAAAAUAUAUUUCAAGGACAUGAAGAUUCAUGAUAAAAAUCCUCAAGAGAUUAAAAUCACGUGGGAAAAGUACAAUUUGACUACAAACGAAAACGCCAACAUUAGGAUCUCAUUAUGGGGUUACAGAGAAACUUCUAUACGACCCACAUUACUUUAUAUUACAGAUAUCGCCGAAAAUGUUCAAAAUACCGGUGAAUACACAAUUAUACCGCAGCAGUAUCAAAAUAGAGAUAACACUUUUUUGACUGACAUGAAAUUCGGCUUUAUUCAAAUAAACUUAACCGAGUCUAUACCCAUACAAUAUGAUUACAGUGGAACUGGAACAUCUACUUCAACAUCUACCCAGACCACUACAAUCAAUCCAGUGGUCUGGAGCAGGCCAGUUCCACUCGGUUGGUAUUUUAACUGGCAAUGGGAAAGAUUAUACGGUACGAACUGGCCAAAAACGUUGUGCGAUGAAUGGUUAAGAACGGACAGAUAUUUGAAGAAUUUCGCUCAUGAAUUACCACAAUGUCCCUGCACUUUAGAACAAGCCUUGGCCGACAAAGGAAAGUUUAUGCCUGAUUUUGAUUGCGAUAAAGACUCAAAUCCCACUUGCUACUAUAAUAAUCAGGCUGUACAUUGCGUUAGAACUGGAUCUCCAACUCUGGAAGGAUCAGAACAACAAUGUUGUUAUGACAAAAAUCACUACUUAAUGUUAUCGUACGAUCAACAAUGGGGUUCCAGUCCCAAACGUUGUCACAAUUUAGGUUUAAUGCCGUACCAAGAGGCUACGAAAGUACCAACUUUGUCUCAGUGGUUUAACGAUAUGGUACCGAAGUACUUAUGCUGUUUGUGGCAAGAAGAACAAGCUGUUGGAUGUGAAACUGUAAGAUUUGAGAGGCGGCCUAGUCAGGAUUGUGUUGCCUAUCAAGCUCCAGGUAUUGCCGGAGUCUACGGCGAUCCCCACAUAGUAACUUUUGACGACCUCGAGUACACCUUUAACGGUAAAGGAGAAUUCGUGUUGAUCAAAUCCCAGGCAAGAUUAGAUAAUAUCGAGGUUCAGGGCAGAUUUGAACAAAUGGAUCCUAAUCUAUAUGGUGAAGUCAAAGCUACACAAUUGACGUCUGUUGUUGCUCGCGGUAAUAGUUCUACCGUUGUAGAAGUUAGACGAAGACCUGAAUACGCUAGGUGGAGAUACAGGUUAGAUGUUAUAGCUGAUGGAAAGAGGGUCUACUUUGAUAGACCAUCUUUAAAAUUCCAACAUUUUCCUGGCGUUACAGUAUAUACUCCUACAUACAUUUUGAACCAAUCCGAAGUAAUUAUGAUGUUCGAUAACGGAGUUGGGGUUGAAGUUUUAGAUAAUCAAGGUUAUAUGACUGCAAGGGUAUAUUUGCCAUGGACGUUUAUCAAUAAAACUGCUGGUCUAUUGGGUAAUUGGAGUUUUAAUAAAGAAGAUGAUUUUACUUUACCUGAUGGCAGUAAAGUUAGUGUGGUUACGAAUAUUAAUGAUAUGGAGAGAGUAUAUAAUCAGUUUGGGACAUUUUGGAUGGUUGAUGAUGUCCUGGAUUCUAAUAAAGGAAGAGCUAUGUUCCUUCGGGAAAAUGGCCAAACGUCAGCUAACUUUAAUAACAACAGUUUCAUACCGCAAUUCUUAAUGAUGCCUGAAGAUAUUAUACCGGCCAAUAGGACAAAUAUAAUAGAGCGAACAUACCAGAUCUGUUCUACGAAAAUGUACGAGUGCUAUUAUGAUUAUGCUAUGACUUUAAAUAGAGAUCUGGCACACUUUACCCAAAAUUAUAAGGCGUCGAUUUUCCAGUUGAAAGAGGUUUUGAGAACUAAGGUGGUUUCUUGCGGUAUAUUACCGACUCCAAGAUUCGGUAGAAAAAGUACUUUCUUGUUCACACCAGGUACCAAAGUAACAUUUGAGUGCGAUCAAGAUUUCGUGCUGGUAGGAGAUCCUAGAAGAACAUGUAUGGCUACUGGUCAAUGGGAUAUACCAGAGUAUGGAUACACCUACUGUUUGCGUCAACAAGAGUACUCUCAGUGGCAACUAGCCAUUGCAUCCGGGAUAGUAUUUAUUGUCAUGAUCCCACUUAUCCUGCUUUUCUUGUAUCUGGCAUACAUGUUCCUUAGGAAGAAACAAAAAGAGCAGGAAGAGGAGGAGCUUGUAAACCAGCACAAUGCUGCCAUGAGAAAAAAAGAAGCUCAAGAAGCUGCCGCAAAAAAAUUAGCAGAGGCUCAUGAGUACGACGACGACGAGACUACUAGUAACGUUACCAGUAACGUUACAACGGCCUCACCAGUUCCAACACCUGCAAAUAAAUCAUCUAAUGUGAAUACGCAAAAUAAUAAUGCAGCUCCUGCGUCACCUACUGGAAACAAGGAAUCAACUAUAUAUUAGUAUUAAUCUGUAAUUAUAAUUUGUAAUUAGUUUUAGUAUUAAUUUUUUAGUUGAGAAGAAAACCACUAUUGAACAAAAGUUUUACCGAGUUUUAGUAUGGUUAAGACUAUAUAUUUUUGAAAAUAUCCUGACAUGUUAUUUAAACAGAAAACGCUUUAAAUUGUAUGUUUGUAUUAGUUAUAUAAUUAAGGUAGCUAUAUAUUUCCUAAGUAACACUUUGACAAUAGUUUUUCUCUGAUAAAUUUGACUGGAAAUAUCAAACCCAAAGUACAAUGAAUUUAUAUUUUAAAUACCUUUUUAUACGAUUGUAUGAUAUAAAUUAUAUUAGUGUACCUUAUAUGUAAUUAAAUAAGUUAUUUAUAUGAGACGCAGUAUUCUUUUUAGACGUUUUUUUAAGUAAUAAAUAUGAUUAGAAUAGCUUAUUACUCUAAGAAAAACGUCACUCAAUAAGUCCCAAGCCUAACCAGCAAAAUUAUCUUAUAUUUUAAACUCAAUAUUCUUUUUAUAGAGCGAUGUCUCUUUGCGAGAGCGAUUCAUUAUUUUACCUUCAUUACCUGUAUUACCUUCGUCAAAAGCGUGGGUAAUGCUCAAGACUUAUCGAGUGAAGUGUUUUUAAGAAAUUAUUUUCAUUCCUUAUAUUUCCACAUUUUUUAAGGUAAAAUAUUAAAAGUAUAUCUUUUUA